AUGCCACCUGGGCGAUGGAGGAGCACUUCGUCCACGGUAGACUACAGCCCGGCAAAGGAACCCGGCCCGCCAGGAGAGGCUAGACACAUGCCACCUGGGCGAUGGAGGAACACUUCGUCCACGGCAGACUACAGCCCGGCAGAGGAACCCAGCCCGCCAGGAGAGGCUAGACACAUGCCACCUGGGCGAUGGAGGAACACUUCGUCUAUGGCAGACUACAGCCCGGCAGUGGAACCCAGCCCGCCAGGAGAGGCUAGACACAUGCCACCUGGGCGAUGGAGGAACACUUCGUCCACGGCAGACUACAGCCCGGCAGAGGCACCCAGCCCGCCAGGAGAGGUUAAACCCAUGCCACCUGGGCGAUGGAGGAACACUUCGUCCACGCCAGACUACAGCCCAGCAGAGGAACCCAGCCCGCCAGGAGAGGCUAGACACAUGCCACCUGAGUGA